CCGAGACCACGCUGAGCCGGGGCCUGGCGCGCGAUGGCGUCGGCGGAGGAAGCACUGGCGGCCCUGGUGGCGGAGCUAAGCGCUCUGGAGGCGCAGGCCGCCUCGCUCCCUUGUUGCUUGGCAACCGUGAGGCAAAUGACGGCCCUCUUCCGGGACGCCGCGCCCAGGGAGACAGCAGAUGAGAAUCUCUUCCAAAAACUUCUACACAUUUUGAGGAAAGCUUCACAUGAAAUUGAUGGGGCCUGCCAGGAUGUCAAUACAUUGUCACGUCUGGAUUCUUAUUUGCUCCUUCUAUCAGAAUGUUUUAGAUGCCUUCGGAAUGCCUGUGUCCAAUGUACCAAUAAUCAGAACAUUAUGAGAAAUGUGGGUCUUAUUGAUGAAUCUGUCCAUCUUUUCCAACUGUUUCAGAAAUUGGAUAGUGAUGUAGAGUCAUUAUUAACAGCUUUCCGCUGUGGACUCCAGUUUCUUGGAAACGUUGCAACAGGAAAUAGUGAAUCGCAGAACACAAUUUGGAAACUCGCUUUCCCUUCCCUUUUCUUGAAUUGCUUAAAUCAUCAGGAUGAAAAGAUAGUUGGCUACUGCUGCAUGGUUCUCGCAACAUGCCUCAACCCUGAGAGAAUGAAAGAACUACAGGACGAAAACAACUUGAACGUAGUCCUUGCAGUUUUGAAAGCCUACAGAAGGCACCUGGAAUCAGAAUGGGUGUUUUUGAUUGUUACCAACCAUUUGCUGAAGUGCCCAGAGUUGGUCAAGGCCAUGUAUGCCAAACUGAGCAAUCAAGAAAGGACUAUGUUUUUAGAGAUAAUAUUGUCAGAAGUUGAUGGAAAUAAUUUGUUAAUCAGUGAAGAAAUGGUCAAAUUCCUUUCAAGCUGCUUUCAGGAAAAAUGUCAGUCUGUACUAAAAUUGGCUUCUACAGUGAAUAAUUACAAUGAGGAAGCUCUGGUCACAGUUCGGCUCCUUGAUGUUCUUUGUGAAAUCACAUCCAAUGAUGGACAACUGAAAUGUUUGCAGGCUUGCCCUGAUUUGCUUGAAGCUGCUAUCACUAUUUUGCGACUUACACAUCUUUCUGGGAAGCAAACAACAAACAUCUUCAGCACAACUCAUUCUGCAAGAGGGCAGGAGCCGGUCUCUCAUCCAGCUGUGGGUUUUAAAUCCCAUCUAAUUCGUUUGAUUGGAAAUUUAUGUUAUAUGAAUAAGACUAACCAAGACAAGGUGUAUGAAUUAGAUGGCAUCCCGUUGAUCUUGGAUAAUUGCAGCAUUGAUGAUAAUAAUCCUUUUGUAAGCCAGUGGGCAGUAUACACGAUCCGCAAUCUUACUGAACAGAAUGAGAGAAACCAAAAGCUGAUUGCAGAGAUGGAACAACAAGGACUUGCUGACAAUUCUGUUCUUGAAAGCAUGGGAAUGAAAGUUGAACAGCAUGAUCAGAAGUUAAUUUUGAAAUCUAUCAGAAAGACCCCUGAUGAAUAGCUAAAAUGUCAAAGAUAUUCAUCUGCUACAAAGUGUUCUUCUGUGUAUACGAUAAAACUUUCAGCCUGUCAUCGGAAAUCUAUUGAUUGAGAAAUAAAGUCAAAAUAUGAUA